AUGGGACCUGCUCCCUUUCAGCCUCGCCGAGCAAGGUGCCCAGUGGAGCGGGCGAGCCCAGGCAGGCCGGGGCUCCAGGCCAGGAGGACGGAGCAGAGCCGGAUGGUUGGUCGCGGUGCUGCCGGCAGGGGGACCUGGCCGCAGAGGGAAGACAGCCUCCCUCUGCCUGCAGCUGAGGGUGAAGUCAUGGCUGCUGUGAGCUGGCCUGAGCCCUCCCAGCAGGCAGGCGCCCAGCGCGGAUCUCCCCACGUGGCCUGGUCUGACUUCCCUGAGGAGCCCGGCCCCCGGCAGAAGGCCCGCAGCCUCCUGGUGUGGUUGACAGACGAGGAGGCCAAGGAUGGGGACAGCUCGGUGUCGUCGGGCCGCCUCUCCGGCUCCUCGGGGGGCCAUGAGUCAUGCACGCCUCCCCACGGGACCUGGAAGGAGAGGACCCUCCGGGUGCUGGGGCCCCUGCAGCAGCCCAGGGAGAGCACUCCCCGGCUGGAGCAGCUGAGGGAGAAGAUCCGGGCCCAGGCACGGUGGCAGGCGAGCUGCACCUCUCUGGGCACCUCGGCACCCGCCAGCGCCUCAGAUCUCUACAAAGCCCGCACGCCAGCCCCCCGGAGGAAGGCCCGAAAGCCGACACACCCCGCUCCGGCCCUGGCCUACCCAGGCAUCCUGAGUGGGGCUGAAAGUGGAGUCGAAGACAAGGCAACACCUUGCCAGGGGCGUGAGGCCUCCAGGGUCUCCCAGCGGCAGGCCUCAGUUCCACGGGAGAAAACCAAAAGGAUGAAAAGUAGGUCUUGCAAAAGAGAGAAGACCCCCAAGCUGCCUGCCCCUAGGAGAGCUGCCAAAGACACAGGACACGGCAAGAAGUUGGGAGCUGGUGAGAGUUCCCCUGUCUGCCCCCGGCUGCCUAGAUCAACCUCUGCCCGCAGCGCCCCGCAGGUGUCAACCAAUGCUCCCCACCUGGCUUCCUGCCAUCAGCCCGUGAACAUCCAGGCUGCUAUGGCUGUCCUUCGAGACCUCCACCAGCAAAUCCAGGCCAGCCUGGAGCUGGCCCAGGGCCACCACCCAAGGCGAGGGCUGGAGCCGCGGGACCUGGCGGGGAGGAGGUGGCAGAGCCCCUGGAAGCCCCCAGACUUGCGGGGCUCCUGGAAGAGCCCUCGGGCCGUGACGGAGGGGGUGCCUGCGUCUAAGAGGGCUGGGAGCCUGCCCAUGGCGCUGAGCUGGAGCGCCUCGGCCAGGUGGGAGUCCUAUCCGCAGAGGACCUGGGCGGCCCAAGGACGAGAUCCCUCCUUCCGGGGACCCGGGAGCCCCACGGAGAGGCUGAACUCCUUCCCUCAGCGGCCCUGGAGCGCCUCGGCCAGGCGGACCUCCUGUCCACCAAAGACCUGGGCGGCCCAAGGAUGGGACCGCUCCCUCUGGAGGCCCGGGAGCAUCCCUGAAAGAUGGGGCCCCUUCCUGCAGCAGCCCCGGAGCACCUCGUCCGGGCAGGCUUGGGGUCUGCAGAGGGCCUGGACCUCUUGUGAAGACCGGGAGGGCCCCGCCCGAAGGCCCUGGAGCCCCGCCUUCACGCAGGGGCCCGACCCCCGGUGCCAGGGCAGGGGUCCACUGCUAACCCCCGCGGGGGCGAAGCUCACCUGGCCAAGGCCCAGCCAGGGUGCCCUUUGGAACAUGCCUGGGAAGGAGAAUGAGGUGCGACCCCCGCCGCCCUGCCCGAAGCCCCGGGGGCCCCUCCACAGCUCCGAGUCCCUGCGGGAGUUCAUCCAGCAGAAGAUGGAGCCCUGGUGGCAGCAGGCCCUAAAGGAAAAGGCCUCCGCCACGCAAGCGCUGGAGCUCAGAAACCAGAGGCUGCAGGGCGUCUACAGGAAGCAGAGGGAGGCCGUCCCCGUGGUCUCCCAGACGACGCCCGGCAUCGUGACCUUCGUCCCGCAUUCUGCACAGUCCGGGGGCCUGGAAGCCACCGGGGGCCCAGGAGCACCUGUGCCGCAGUGGAGCAGGGUGACUUCCGGCAUGGUGCUGGGGGACCAGGACGCCCCGGGCAGCUUCUGCCUGUGUUUGAACAGAGCCUUGAACCCGGCCGAAACUCUGGAGGUGGGAGGCCCCCGAGAUGGCUGGGAGGGCGCCCCCCUGCUGACGUCGGCCAGUUCUUCCCUGGGCCCCCUGCAACUCCAGGACCUGACCAGCCACUGCUCAAGCCCGGGGCUGUGCAUCUGCCUGGACCCCGAGGAGUCCGAACGCCUGGGCGCGCCAGGCCCCCUGCACUUCCGGUACAAGCAGGCUCGGCUGCAGGCCCUGGAGACCAUGGCCAACGUCCUGAAGCAGCGAAUCGACGUCCUGACCGACAGGCUGAGCAGGUCCGAGGCGACGGACGCGGCGGGGGGGCCCGUGCCAGGCCCGCCGCCCUCGAGCUCCAGCACGCCAGCCUGCCCCAGAGCCCUGGUGCCCAGCGCGGGCGGAGGGGCACCCUGGGACUGGGCGGGCAUGCGGGCCAGGCCGCUUCUCUCUACCAUGUGCUUCCCGGACACUGAGACGCUGACCUGGAGCCCUGGCUGGGAACGGCUGCAGAGCGUCAGCCCGAGGGGCCGCCAGGCCAGCAAGCCCCAAGGUUUCAUGGAGGAUGGGCGCUCGGAGCGGGACAAGAGGCAGGCGAGAACCCUGGCUUCCUUGCAGACCCUCAGCCCCUUCGCAGGGAGCUCACUUGGGGCGCCAGACCCCCGCUGCGGCUCCCUGCGGCUGGAAGAGAUGCGGUCGGCCAGAGGGGCGGGCUUGGUCACGCCCUUGACCCUCCGGAGCUGCGGUAAGGGCGAGCCCGUGGACAGGCCCUGGGCCGGCUGGUCGGGUGGCCAGGGAGAUCCGCUGGGGACCCGCUCCACGGCCUGA